AGCAGCAGCAGAGGCAACCGAGGCAGCAUGGCGAGCUGUGGUGAGCCGUUAUGUUGACCAACGACCGCCGGACCAACAGCAGUGAGCAACGAGUGCUUGGCCGAGGCAAACGCACAAAGUUCAAAACCGUCGCGUUCUCUCACGGCAGUUGGGUGCUGUUUAGGGUCGCCAUUUGUCCGUUCCGAACCCGCGGAAGGAACCGUUAGUCCCGCGAAGUGUGGAGUGUGCGUGCAGUGGAGUGAAGUGUUGCCCAGGUGCCCACGACGAUCGAUCGCUCGAAGGGCCUACGCACAAGAAAGGGCAGCGCGAGCGAAGCCCACACGAGAUGGAACGGGCACUGAGGCGUUAUGUGAAAGUCCACGGGUAUGCCGUCGCCAUGGCUGCCCUAUUUUUUGGGUGCAUCUUUGUGGCCAGCAUUGUCAGUGCGGACCAGCUGAACCGCACGCCGAACGAAUGUACGUGCGCUGCGGUUGAGGAGAAUGAACAGGAAAAAAAAUCCCAACCCUCAAUUUUUCGCUCUCUGUGCGUUCUAGAUGCGUUCUUUCGAACGCGACCACUCGAACAGCUGAUCUUCUCGAUCGCCUGGAUCGUGGCCGGGAUGAUCUUUCUGCUGGGAUUGAUCUGCGAGCGGAAGGAGGCGAUCUUCCCAUUCGCCACGAUGUUCCUGGUCGAGUGGAGCCUGUUACUGGUGCAGAUGAUUGGAAAGGUGGAUCAUCGGGGUAUCACUGAGCUGCUGCUGUCCGCUGAAGCUGCUGUCUUUCUCCUGGUGCCCCUGUACGUUGGCUACACGCUCGUCAUCCUGUACCGCGUGUUCGACAAUCGGUACAAGGAGGAGGAGGACGAUCUCGAACAGCAGGCUACCCGAUUGCCAGUGAAGUUUUUCUUCGGUGACGAACCCGAUGAUUCGUACAGCUAGUGGGCC